AUGCUCGUCAAGAUCUCUUGGGCUCUCUGCGCCGCUGCCGCGAUCCAAUCGGUAGCCGCUCGGCCUUUGAGAAGCACAGCGUCAAUGCUCAAGCAGGGAGGAGGUGGUGCCGCCAACUCGACCCGGUAUCACGAUGUUCCCUAUGGACGUUUUGGCCCAGCAGCACGGCAGGCUGGAUCAGGAGUACCUGGGAGCGACGCGAUCAACGAAGACCCCUCGGGCCUGGCGCCUGCACUUGCACCUGGCGUGCAAAACUCGUUAGGCGAAGGAUUCGAUCCGCAGUUCCUCACCAUCACUCGCGAUGGCAAGCCGUUCUACCUGGUGACGGAUGUCGACUUUGGCAUGAAGGUGUUCUUGCGCGCAAGCGACGACCUCAACGACAUCUACCGGAACGAGGGCAAGAUGUUUGCGAUCUACGAGUACUCGAACGUCUCGUAUCCGAAGGGUGUGGGAACCGAAGCUGCCGACAUUGUUCGACUGGGCGAUCGAUACCUGUACACCGUUUCUGCGAUCCAGGACGAUACGAUGCGCAUGCUCAUUUCGGACACCGACGACCCCUUGGGCCAGUAUACCGACCUCGGCCGCGUGCUCGGCCAAGAUGGCGUGGCGCUGCAGGGCUACGAUCCGCACGUGAUCGUACAUCCGAACGGCAACACGUACCUGACAUGGUCGAAUCACGAAUACGUGCAGCUCGUGCAGCUGCAGAACGGUGCGCCUGCUCGUGCGGCGAGUGGCGUGGUGGACCUGGUUUCGUAUGGUGUCAAUACAGAAGCGCCGAGUAGCUGGGUGUACGACAACAAGGUAAACGGCUCGAGCACCCUCAACCUGAUGUACGCCGAGGGCAACUUCUACCAGUCCAACUACAACACGCGGCUGCUCUACAUCGAUGCCGCCGAAGAUCCGCUCGACGUGGGCCGAUGGUACCAGCGCGGACAGCCCAUCCUGGCGUCGGACUCGAGUCAGGGCGUAUACGGACCGGGUAGCGGAAGCUUGUUCACGGGUCCCGAUGGUCAGACGUGGUGUGCGUACGGAGCGUUUGCAUCGCCCGACGGUGCGGACGACGGCAAGAACGAGCGAUACGUUAGGGUGCAGGUGGCGCAAGCUGACGAGAGGGGGGUGUGGCUCCCUACGCAGGUGACCGCCGCCGAGUUGCUAGAUUGA